CUUGUCACUCGCGCAGCUUUUGCGCGGCUCGCCAUGGGAGCGUGCACUGGCAAGAGCUCCAAGCAUGGGCUCACCCACAGCCGAGAGGUGCGCCUUCGGGACUUGAGGGAUGAUUAUCGCUACUCGCCGCUGAACGCGCAGGAUUCCUCCUUCUUUGGCAGUUCUGUUGCCAGCAAGGAGAAGCUCGACAUCAUUCAAUUCGCCGCACCUAUCUUCGUGGCUGAGGAAGGAGAAACCUUCCAUGUGCACCUGAUGCGCCUGGGUGCUCUGCAAGGGAGAGUUAGCUGCAGCUUCCGAACCGAGCAAAGUUCCGGUAAGGCAGGCUCGCGCUAUGUCCACACCGAGGGCCAGGUGAUCUUUGAGGAUGGAUGCUUCGAGCAGCUGAUCGAAAUCCCAAUCUUGGAGUCGCCCACCUGGUCGGCGACUCUGGAAUUCAAGGUGGUACUCGAUGAGCCGAUGGGCUGCCAGCUCGGGAAGUACCUCAAGGUUUGCCGCGUCAAGGUCAUCGACCAGGACACCUUCCCCACCAGCAAGUACUCGGAGGAGAUCAAAGCUGACAGCAUCGAAGAUAUUAGCGAGGCUUCGCUUUUCAUAGAGUACAUGAAGCUGAUGACGAAGGUGCCGGGGAACAGCUGGAGACUCGCGGUGACGCUGCUUUUCGAUCAGCUGAAGAAUGCAUAUGUCUGGUUCACCCUGGUCUCCUCUGUCUACAUGGUCAACGUUGUCUUUGGCCACGGGACCAGCAAGACCAGCCAGGAGCUGCUGAUCCCCGACGAUCCCGCGAAGACGGCGCAGGUGAUCGGCCUAAUGUACGUCAGCUUCCCCCUGCUGCUUCAUUUGUGGAAGGUGGUGAAGAUCAAGAUGGACUUAAACGGCCGGUGCAAGCUGUUCUUGCAGAGCAGCAUGAUGAGGAAGUACAUGAACUACAGCGACACCUCACGCAGCGAAGUGACGCAGGCGGAGGUGGUUCGCUUCAUCACUCAAGACUCGGCCAAGCUGGCCAGAAGCAUCAGUGACGUGUCGAGUCUGUGGGAGACGCUGGGCAAGCUGGUGAUGUUGAACUACUUUGCCGUCUCCAACAAUCCCGACAUGACCUGGGCGGUGAUUACCAUGCCUGUGGCCAUGAUCUUCUGGUCCUUGAUGCGAGAGGGGGGCUGGGUGGUCGCAAAGCCGGACGGCACGGACGUCUUCGAGAAGCAGCUGGAGGAUUUCGUGGGGAUUGUGAGCGAGAACUAUCCGCUGAUUGCUUGCUACUUUCAGCGGCCUGCCAUGAACGAUCGGUUUGCAGCCCGAGCCGCCAAGCUGCAAGAGACGGAGAUCCCGGAGUCCUCGUACGACUUGACCUCUGAGUUCUUCUUCCAGUGGCUGGCCCCCCUCUUCGUGGGAUGCUACAUGGCCUUCUACUCCCCCUUGGUGCUCUCUGGAGAGUUGGCUCUUGGAACCUUCUUGGCCACCAUCUCCGUUUUCAAGGAGGUGAGCUCCAACUUUGUGGAUGGAUACGGAGGACUGAAGAAGGUCCGCAAAGCCUUCGACCCCUUGGUUCAGAUUUCCAUCUUUCUGAACCGCUCCACCGAUGUGGCGAUGCUCAAGAUGUCAGUUGACAACCGCGUGGCGGAGACAGAGCUGUGCCGGCGGAAGCUCAUGAAGAACCCGGGAGACAGCCGCUUCCCCACGGAUCAAAUUCCAAUCCGCUUGGAAAAACUCUCGCUGAUGCUACCUGGCACAGAAAAUUUCCUCUUCCGCGACCUGCAGCAGUCCGUGCAGCAAGGCCACUUAGUGGAGCUGAUUGGGAAUGCGGGCUCAGGCAAGACGAAGCUGAUCAAGCUCCUAGCCGGAGAAGUGGCGGCCAGUAGCGGCAAGGUGCUCACCCCUUCGCACUUGCGAUGCCUCUUAGUGACCCACCAGGUCUUCUUGAUGGAUACCACGCCCUUGCAGAACCUCUUCUUCGGGGACCCAAGCUCUGUGGUCGAGCAGUCGGAGCGGCACCGCAUGCUUUGGAUCCUGCAGAAGCUUUCGAUGGACCGCACGCGGCAGCUGGCGGAAGAGGAGAUCAGCAUGCUGCAGUCAUCAGGCGAGAUCGAGGAAGAGUCGCUCGAAGGCUUCUGCUGCGUCGGCCCGAGGCGCCGAGCGGAGAUGGAUCCCAUGGAGAUGUGGAUGCCCAAGGACGGCACGCAGAGAGCGGCUGACGUCUACAAGCGCUUCAAAGGUUGGAGAUCGUCUCUCUCGUUUCAGGAGAGAGCCAAGCUUCAUUUGGCCCGGGCUUUGAUCAUGAACCCGGAGAUCCUAAUCCUUGAGAAGCCAUUGAUGAACCUCGACGACAAAGAGUCGGAGACGGUCAUGGCGGUCCUCCGGGAGUUUGUCUCCAACCGCGGGGUGGCCUUAGACCUCGAGACCUUGGAGUAUCGCCGGCCACGGACCUGCUUCUACAGCGCCGAACGCCGCACCAUGAACACCAAGACUGACGUGGUCUGGGAGUUCAAGGAGGGCGGCCAGUUGGUCACCUCGGCUCCGGACGCUCAUCCGGACAGCCCCAUGGCCAAUAGCCAAUCCGAUGCGAAGAGCCCUAAGCGCAAGGGUCGCUAAGCGUCCGCCGCUUGGAUGGCGGGGCCUUGGGCGCUUCCGCUGGGGGGCCCUUGAGAUGGAAUCGCCAGCAUUGGCUUCAGUGAGCUUCAGGCAACUGCCGAGCUACACGUGCAGCUGUGGCUUUUGCUUGGUUUC